AUGUCGGCUAUCGAGCUCAUCAACCCGCGCGCCGAGUCGGUGCGCCGCACCCAGGCGCUCCAGGUCAACACUGCCGGCGCCAUCGGCCUCGCUCAGGUGGUGCGCUCCAACCUUGGCCCGCGCGGCACCAUCAAGAUGCUCGUCGACGGCUCGGGCAACCUCAAGAUGACCAAGGACGGCAAGGUGCUCCUCACCGAGAUGCAGAUCCAGAACCCCACCGCCGCCAUGAUCGCACGUACCGCCGUGGCGCAGGACGAGCAGUGCGGCGACGGCACCACCUCCGUCGUCCUGCUCGUCGGCGAGCUGCUCAAGCAGGCCGAGCGCUACAUCCAGGAGGGCGUCCACCCGCGCGUCAUCAGCGAGGGCUUCGACCUCGCCAAGACGGGCGCGCUCGACUUUCUCGAAAAGUUCAAAAAGAGCCCCGACAUGGACCGCGCCACGCUCGUCAAGGUCGCCACCACCUCGCUCUCCACCAAGCUCCACUCGAAGCUCGCCACGCAGCUCGCGGCGGACAUUGUGGAUGCGGUGCUGGCCAUCAAGCCCGCCACGACGACGACCAUCGAGGCACCCAAGCCCACCGCCGACGGCAGCAGCGAGAGCGUGAGCGAGUGGAACAUCAAGGACCCCAUCGACCUGCACAUGGUCGAGAUCAUGAAGAUGCAACACAAGACCGACACGGACACGCAGCUCGUGCGCGGCCUCGUGCUCGACCACGGCGCGCGCCACGCCGACAUGCCCAAGCGCGUCGAGAACGCGUACGUGCUCACGCUCAACGUGUCGCUCGAGUACGAAAAGACCGAAGUCAACUCGGGCUUCUUCUACUCGUCGGCCGAGCAGCGCGAGAAGCUGGUCGAGAGCGAGCGCAGGUUCGUCGACGCCAAGCUCAAGAAGAUCGUCGAGCUCAAGCAGGCGGUGUGCGAUGCGCCCACCGAGGGCUCCAACGAGAAGAAGAAGAACUUUGUCAUUUUCAACCAGAAGGGCAUCGAUCCCAUGUCGCUCGACAUUCUCGCCAAGAACGGCAUCCUGGCGCUGCGCAGGGCCAAGCGCAGGAACAUGGAGAGGCUCCAGCUGUGCUGUGGCGGUGUGGCGCAGAACAGCGUGGAUGACCUCAGCCCGGACGUGCUCGGAUACGCCGGGCUGGUGUACGAGCACACGCUGGGCGAGGAAAAGUACACGUUUGUCGAGGAGUGCCGCGACCCCAAGUCGGUCACCAUCCUCAUCAAGGGUCCCAAUGCGCACACCAUGACGCAGAUCCAGGAUGCGGUGCGCGACGGACUGCGCUCGGUCAAGAACGCCAUCGAGGACGCCACGCUCAUCGCGGGCGGCGGUGCAUUUGAGAUCGCUGCAUCCAACCAUCUCACCACGAGCGUCAAGAAGGCUGCCAAGGGACGUGCCAAGCUGGGUGUGCAGGCGUUUGCCGAUGCCAUGCUCGUCAUCCCCAAGACGCUCGCUGCCAACUCGGGUUUCGACGUGCAGGACGCACUGGUGGCACUGCAGGACGAGGUGGCAGAGGGAAACGUGGUCGGCUUGGACGUCCAGACGGGCGAACCAAUGGACCCAGUCUCGCUCGGCAUCUGGGACAACUACAGGGUCAAGAGACACAUGCUCCACAGCUCCGCCGUCAUCGCCUCCAACCUGCUCAGCGUCGACGAAAUCCUGCGUGCAGGAAGAAGCUCGCUCAAGUCCGAAGCGCCCAUGGGCUAA